UGUAUAAACUAGUACUCAAUUUAUGAAAUUAGUGCUAAAAAAUUAAAACAACAACUAGUGCAAAUUAUAAUUAAAGUUAGUGCUAAAAAAUUUAAAAAAAUUAAUACAUAUUAAACGAAAAUAGUGGUAGUGUACUACGAUUAAUUAGUGUACUAAAAGUUGAAAAAUUGGUACUAAAAAUACAUAACAAAUCAUCAAAACACAUCACUAGGCAUUCGAUAACAGCAUUUAAGUACAUAACCACGCGUCUACAAGACACGGAAAAACCUAAUGAGUCACACACAAAGAACCAAUGACCAAAAUAUCGCAAGCUACGGCGAUAAUAUUUAAAAUCUUUAAAAAUAUUUCGAGGGCCAAAUAAAAAUUCAUAACGGUUCACGCGUUUCUAAAUUAUAAUACAAAGAAAAUAUUUAUAAUACAAAUCAAAGCGCUAACGGAAAUAACGGUAGCAAUCUCCGAGGAAUAAGUAAUUUCGGUAACCUAACACAGCCACAAAAACAAAGUGUGUGUGGCUAUAAGCAAACGCGUUGAAGCGAAUAACGAGCGAGAAGUGAGUUUUCGUGUGGAACAAAGCCGAGAGGAAGAAGAGGAAGAACAGAGAGCAGAAGCCCAAAAAAAAAAACAAAAAACGAAACGGCAAGACAAACAAAGCCGACAGCAAGGCAGAGCCAGCAAAUGUAAACAACAAGCUUUAAGUGGUUCAAAAUAUACAGCGUCAAAGACAAAGGCAAAGGUCAAACUAAACUCGAAGACUUGAAGGCUGACAAAUUUUGACGGCGAACAAACAAAACUGAGGCUGCGUAGCACGCUUGCGACCGCAAGAAGUGAUUGUUGGCAAAAGUUGUCUUGCGUUGACAGUUAGAGAAAGUCACAGUGCAAAUACGCGAACCGCCGAACUAAGCACGCUGAAAAGAGAAGUUCAACCGCAAGCGCAUACAUUUGCUUGACAGUUAGCGCAAAGAUACCAGCCCGAGCCGUCGCAUAUAUUGCGCUAACUAUUGCCACUCUAUUAACUACUCACGGCAGCAACUGUGAGUAAAUAAAAAGCAGAAGCUUCCUGUAUUUCGUAAGAAAAACGAUAAAAAGAACUACUCCAGCUUCCGCUACUGCUGGCUCGUAUGUCUCAAGCAGUGUAACAAAGCUCAACCACAGCGAGGGACUCAAGCGAACAACCAAAGUCUUAGCAAUAAGACAAUAGCGCUGUAGUUAAUUGACAGGCAAAGCAACAGCGCACUCGUCGCAACAGCACAACGCAGGGUUGCAUCCGGCAUACGAAAAGCACACACCGCGACGACCUAAGGUGUCUGCUACACACGCCAACCACCACUCACAUCUCGUCGUGUAUUUGCACACUCGUUUAACUUGUAAAUUGUGCCGUGGAUGCCGUACGGAAAAACGUUGUGAAGAAAUCCCGCGGUUCACACUGUGUAAUUGUCGCGCGUAUUGAUUGAGUCGUUACGCGCUUUCGCUGAAUCUCCGACGAAUUGCAAUUUGGUUGUCACCAGCGUGUUUCGCCCACCAAAUCCCACGCACCAACUCAACGCGACUCAACUUGUGUGCUUCAUUUGAGUUUUGCGUUGUUUGCACAGUAGCUCCGUACCCUAGUGACUUAAACGUGAACUCCGCGUGCUGUCGUUGUCUUACGCUUGUGUCUUUUGCCUAAAACUCAAACCGAAUUUAACACGCAUCCCGCUCACUUGUUAGCUUCCAUUGUUCAGUGUCGUUUGCUUCGCCUUCAUCGCUUGUAACACGCUCAUCAAUCAUCGUUCUUGUUGUGUAUCCAAAGCUUUCAAUACUUAACUCAACAUUAGUGACAGCAUAACCGCUUUUUGCAAUAUAAUAUCUAUCAACGAAAGACAACACAAUCUCGUCGAUCCUGUAACUUAUCUUCGAGCACCUGUAGUACUUGCGGCUAAUUGUAUUGAAUCAACAUCGUCUCAUCCGCAAAUAUAUACAUACAUACUUGUACCCACCCGCCCACAACAUCGACAACAGUUGUACGUGUGUUUAUUGCUCGGUAGCUGAAAUCUAAGGACAUGGACCCGUCGCUGCUUGUCGUGUUGAUCUUUCUUGUGAUAAUUAAAGAAAGCUGCCAAGGACCACACGAAAAACGUCUACUUAACCACCUACUAUCCACCUAUAAUACACUCGAGCGACCCGUAGCAAACGAAUCGGAACCGCUGGAAGUCAAAUUCGGUUUAACGCUGCAACAAAUUAUUGAUGUGGACGAGAAGAAUCAACUUCUUAUAACCAAUCUUUGGCUUUCGUUGGAGUGGAAUGACUAUAAUUUACGAUGGAAUGAAUCGGAAUAUGGAGGCGUGAAGGAUUUGCGGAUAACACCAAAUAAGCUGUGGAAACCGGAUGUGCUGAUGUACAACAGCGCGGAUGAGGGAUUCGAUGGCACGUAUCACACCAACAUUGUGGUCAAACAUAACGGCAGUUGUCUGUACGUGCCCCCUGGUAUCUUCAAGAGCACAUGCAAGAUAGACAUCACGUGGUUCCCAUUUGAUGACCAACACUGCGAAAUGAAAUUCGGUAGUUGGACUUACGAUGGAAAUCAGUUGGAUUUGGUUUUGAAUUCCGAAGAUGGAGGGGAUCUUUCCGAUUUCAUAACAAAUGGCGAGUGGUAUCUGCUUGCAAUGCCUGGGAAGAAGAAUACUAUUGUCUACGCGUGCUGCCCGGAACCCUACGUGGACGUCACAUUCACGAUACAAAUCCGACGACGUACAUUAUAUUAUUUUUUCAAUUUAAUUGUGCCGUGUGUGCUGAUAUCAUCGAUGGCUUUAUUAGGAUUUACACUACCUCCCGAUUCGGGCGAAAAACUAACAUUAGGCGUAACUAUACUUCUAUCCUUAACAGUAUUUCUAAAUCUUGUCGCUGAAUCCAUGCCGACAACGUCGGACGCUGUCCCCCUUAUAGGCACCUACUUCAAUUGCAUCAUGUUUAUGGUGGCAUCAUCGGUGGUGCUGACGGUUGUUGUGCUCAACUAUCAUCAUCGCACGGCGGAUAUACACGAAAUGCCGCCUUGGAUUAAAUCCGUUUUCCUGCAAUGGCUGCCAUGGAUUUUACGUAUGGGUCGUCCGGGCCGUAAAAUCACACGAAAAACAAUUCUACUAAGUAAUCGCAUGAAGGAAUUGGAAUUAAAGGAACGUUCUUCCAAAUCGCUACUAGCCAAUGUGCUGGAUAUCGAUGAUGAUUUCCGGCAUACGAUCUCCGGUUCACAAACGGCGAUCGGUUCAUCAGCAAGUUUCGGUCGCCCCACAACGGUGGAGGAGCAUCAUAACACAAUAGGUUGCAAUCAUAAAGAUUUACAUUUGAUUCUUAAAGAAUUACAAUUCAUCACAUCACGUAUGCGUAAAUCCGAUGAUGAGGCGGAAUUGAUAAGCGAUUGGAAAUUCGCGGCAAUGGUUGUGGAUAGAUUUUGUUUAAUUGUUUUUACGCUCUUUACGAUUAUCGCAACAGUGACCGUUCUGCUGUCGGCUCCACACAUUAUCGUGCAAUAAGCCUAAAUUCAUACGAGGUUUAAGCAUAAGCCUAGGAUAGACAUAUGGAAAUUGCGUACUUUAAAUGGAGAAGAAAUCUUUAUUUUUUCCAGAAGAAAAAUCACUUACAUACAUACUUACAAAAAACAGCAAAUUAAAGAGAGGAGCAAUGCAAAGUCAAAGAGAUUUAUCACUUACAUAGCUGUAGUUUAGCGAAGAUGAUGAGACUACUCAAUAAUUAGAAAAUUAUAAGAAAGGCAAUUGAAAAGUUCACAAAAAUCAAUACAAAAAAAUUGUUAAUUAAUUAUUUAAGAAAAACUGAAAACUAGUUAAAAAUUAGAAAACAAAAAUUAAAUAAUAAUUUAAGAAAAUAAACAAAACAUAAAAUAUAUGUAUAUACAAGUAAUAGUAUAUAGGGAAUCUGGCAAAAAAAUGGUUACUUAAUGCAAGCAAAUUGAAUUACUUUUAUGACAUGAUAUAAGAAAAACUUCAAAACAAACUGCCGUACACAAAUAUGUUGAAUAUUUCGAAAAAAAUAAUAUUGCAAAAAAUUUAAAAAAAAUACAAGCCGUACACUAUAAGCUAUGCUAAAAAAAUAUAUACAUACAUACUUACAUAUUAGUAAAUUUAUGUGAAUAGGAAAAAUUCUAUACUGCAUACAAAGAAAAUAAUAAUUGCAUGCGAUAAAGAAAAAUAUGCUAGCAUGAAAUAAAAAAUACAAAUUCGAUAAAAUAGAAAAUUACUUUUCAAUUAAUGCGUUCAUUAUAGUGUAACAAAUUGUUGUUUUCUUAUUUUAUAAACUAUUUAAUAAGAAUGUUAAAAAUGUCAUGCGAGAAAAAAAAACAAGAAAGGUGCAUGUAGGCAACUGCAAGGUAAUUAUUUUUUUAAUUAACAUAGCGUAAUAUUAAAAAUAGGUAAAGUAAUAAUUAAAGUAAAUUUAAAAUAUGAAAUUAAAUAGAAAAUUAAAUUAAGAAAAACAAGUAAAAUAAUAAGUGAAAAGACAGAGAUUGUUCCUAUGAAACAUAGAAAUACACAAACACUCACACAAAAGGGCAUAAUUUCAUACAAAAGUACUCGAAAUUCAAAGCGACAAACAAUUAAUGUGAGUAAAAAUAUAUUUAAUUACAAAUAAAAUUAAUUAUAACAUAUAAGGAAAUGAGAAAGUGUUGCAUAUAUUGAAGUAAUAGGCGCAUAGUGAAUACCCCUGAAUCUGCAGACAGACACAGGCAGUGUUCAAGGCAACCUUACAAUUUGCCAAGAGCUACCCAAACAACACACGAGCGCAAACAUUGGUGCAUUACUCACACACGACUACAAAUCACACAAAGCAUGGAGCGAUUGCUGAGAGCGUUUCUGUUAAAUUAAAUGUAAAACGAGAGCACAAAUAACAGUACUAUACUAAAAAAAAAAAAAAAAAAAAGCAAAAAGCUGAAAAUAGUCAAGAAAAAGUAUGUUAGUGACCAAGAGAAAGUGAGAGCGAACGAACGCGAAAGAGAUAGUGCGAACGAUAACGAGUUGCAACAAAUUAAAUAAGAAAAAGUGAGACAGACAGAGAGAAAGAGAGAGAGAGAUAUUGAAAUAUUUUUUAUGUGCAUUUAUCUUUGUAAAGAAUUUAAUAAUACGAAGAAAUGAUAAAGAAUAAAAUUUAUAAACACGGCAUAUGCAUAGAAAUAAACAUAUGGCAAAAGAUGCAUGAGAGAAAUAUUGCAAAAACAAAAGGGAAACAAACACUAGACACGAAAGUGAGUAGAGUACGCCUGUUAUUUGAACUCGCAGCGGUGUUAAGUGGGAGAGGAACAAUAAUAAUUGCAGGUGCAACAACUAUAUAUAUAAUAUACGAUGGACAUUAGCAAAAAAGUAAUGAAAACACUAUACUGCAUACAAAAUUUAAAAAAAUUAAAAAUUAUGAAAAAACCAAUUAAAUAAUGUUGAAGGAAAUAAGUGCACACAAUAAAAUUAAAUUUAAGCAGUCAGUGACUGAAAUUAAUUUAGUGCAAUAAAUAAUAGAAUAAAAAGAAAUAUUAGAAAGAAGACCUGAAGAAUGAAAGGUUAAAGCAGGAAAAUUAGUUUUUUAUUACAGUAGGAAACUUACUUUAAUUUUUCAUUUGCUUGCACAGAAUUCGAAAAAAAAAUUAAUUCAUUAGUAAUAAUCAGAUCAGAGUAUUAAAUACAUAGUUUAAAUACAUAUAUACUUUUCUUUUAGCUGCAAUUAUUAAAAUGAUGAUGUUGCCAAAGUUUAAUGAAAUUUCAAAAAGAAAAUUUCAAAAUUUUAGUUAAUUCAAAAUAUAAUAUAUUAUUAUUUAUAGUAUAAAAGCUGCAUUUAA